CUGAAGCUGCCUCACGCACCGGAGCGCCGUGAGUUCUUCACACGCCUAAACAAAGAUAUACCGGCGUGGAAAUGUUGACGAGCGGAUUCAAAGCCACGGAUCAGGCUGUUGAGAGGAUCUAAAUUUCCCCUCAGCACUUUUUUUUUGGUAUUUUGUCUUCGUGCAGCGACAAAGGUGUGUGUGUGUGUGUGCGUGUGUGUAUAUAUACACUCACACAUACAUAUUUACGCACCGGGCUCCGAGUUGGACUAGAGAAGCUGUCCUGCUGGGGCGCACUGAGAGCCGCGAGGGAUAUUUACAAUAGAAGGGAAGAAUAGCAGCAGCAACAGCGGGAGGUGGAGGUGGAGUGAAAGAUUACACUGGAAUGAAGUGGACCUCGAGAUUCCCAGCGUGCUGCGGAGUUGUGACUGAUGGAUGGAUGUGGUCAUGUGUAGGGUAGAAACAGCGACAGGUACAGACGCAGCAGCAGCAGCAGCAGCGGGGGAGCUGUGACAAAGACGCUUCAGCCGCAUCACCAUCCACCACAUCGCUUCUCCAUAAGAACACUGUAUGACUGGUUAGAUCUGUUUUGCCACAAACACCAACCAGAUCGUAUCGUCGAGAGACGCAGCAGCAGCAGCAGCAGCAGCAGCCACAGGUCAACCAGGACACUCCGGGGCUGAUUGUCCCUCACAUCACACUCCACAGACCACGCUGCUGCUUUGGAGCAUUUUAUGAAGAAGUCGCACAGAAGGACAUGUAUCUGACAUCGACCUCACAUGCUCCCGACUGAUCGUUUCUCACCUUCCCACCGGGCGAACCACAGAUAAAGGCAGCCACGCGCACCGUCCGACUCUCGCUCAGAGUUCUCGGCUCACUGUGUCUGUACAAUUUAGCAGAAUGGCGGGACCCGCUUGUUGGAAGUAUUACCUCUGGAUCUUUAUUUUAAUCUGCAGGUCCGCGUUGCCUUCUGCGAAAACGCUGGAGACUAUAAUUUGGAGCUCACAGAAUCCCAAGUUUCUGGUCGGAAAAGGCCUGGUGAUCUACCCAGACAUUGGGGACAAGUUGGACAUCAUCUGUCCCAAAGCAGACCAGGGCAGAGACUAUGAGUUCUACAAGCUGUACCUGGUAAAGAGGGAGCAGGCGGAGAGCUGCAGUACAGUCCUCGAUCCAAAUGUCCUGGUCAACUGCAACAAGCCCGAAAAGGACAUCAAGUUCACCAUCAAAUUCCAGGAGUUCAGCCCCAACUACAUGGGCCUGGAGUUCAAGAGGAACGUAAACUACUACAUCACCUCAACCUCCAAUGGCACAGUUGAGGGCCUGGAGAACCGCGAGGGAGGCGCCUGCAGGAGCCGAGCCAUGAAAGUCAUCAUGAAAGUCGGACAAGUUCCAAACGCGGUGAACCCUGUGGCGCCGGAGGCUCCAGAAGACAACGCCAUACCAGAGUCCAGUCCAAGUCCGCCUGACCAAGGUCGCGUUGGGCCUGAGAUGCCAGGAAAUCCUGACCACAUGAAUCAGGACCCGGGUUCCUCGUCAAACACAGACAGCAUCUUCGGAUCCAGAGUGGCCGUGUUCUCCGCCAUUGUGGCGGGCUGCAUCAUCUUCCUCCUGCUCAUCCUACUCCUCAUCAUCCUGCUCAUCAAGAUGCGCAAGCGCGCCAGGAAAAAUACCCACUCUCAGCCCCGCCCCUCGGCACUGUCGCUCAGCACGCUGUCCAAUCCCAAGCUGCCCGGGGGCACAGCUGGCACUGAGCCCAGUGACAUCAUCAUUCCGCUGCGGACAGAGAACAACUACUGCCCUCACUAUGAGAAGGUGAGCGGCGACUAUGGCCACCCCGUCUACAUUGUCCAGGAGAUGCCGCCGCAGAGCCCCGCCAACAUCUACUACAAAGUCUGACAUGCUCCGCACAGCCAGCGACACAGCCAGGAGAGAGAGAGAGAGAGAGAAAGGGGGAGCGCUUGAUUUAUGUUCCUGGGAAGAACACCUUCCUUUGCAUUCUGGGGACUUGAUGUUUCUUCAAGCCCCUGUUAUUUCUACCACCUGCUGCACAAAUCUGGAGAGACAUGCACUGACCAGUAACCAGCGGGGUUGUGAGCUGACUGAUGAGAGGUUUAUUUUGUUUGUUUGGGUUGUCUGAAAUAUCCCCACCCUCCUUCUCCUCCUCCCCCCACCUCCCAACUUCUACGUCUCCCCGCUGGGCACCAACAGGGGGGCAGGGCUGUAGCAAACCAACAGAUGGAACUUUAGCUUCCUGGUUUGCUGUCCCCUUUAAUGGGCAGGAUAUAACUUAUCUCAGUUCCCUGAAGUACAGUCUGUGCUACACCCAAUUAAACACACCACCCUAGCACACCAGCCAGGAACAGGCUGACACAGGCCCCGACCGCCACUCAGCCUGCAGUUUAUGUGUGUGUGUGUGUGUGUCAGCAUGCAUGUGUGUGUAUUAGUCAGGGCUCUGUGCUGGACCAGGAAACUCUCCAGAUAGCUCAGGUAUCAGACACAGUGUGUGAAACGAUGUGUUCCUCUCCCUUCGCACCUCUGAUGUUUGCCUUACUUAACUAUUUUUGAUGGAGGAUCUCCUCAAACCCUGAGUCAGUUCACAAAGCAGUUGUAUUUUGUUAGACUUUUCCUACAAGUGCACAAUGUAUAGAGUUGAAUAGAUCAUCAUUAUUACCCCCAUCCUUUCACUACCAAUGUCAUCCAUUGCAGUCAUCCCCCCCCGAAAAGGAUUAGCUGGACUGCUGACGUCGAGGUGUGUCUGUUCAUGUUCAUGUAUGUGACUGUGUGUGUUUUUAUUGUAAUACUCCCUCCUCCACUAGUCCUAGUGAGUGUUGCCAUUACUCUGGUAUUUAUGACUUGUGUCCUUUGAAUGAGUGAGUGAGUGUGUGUGUGUGUGUGUGUGCGUGUUUGUUCGGACAUGUCUAGACCAGUCUAGUAUCCAGGCAGACUUGUUGGCUUAGGGGUAGAACAGUAAGUUACUGUGUCAUGUGCUUCAAAAAGAAGACAGACCAGGCUGCCCGACUUUCCGGAAGACAUGCCCAAGACCUAACUGGCAUCAACUGAAGGUUUUAUUGAGUCUGAUUUUUUCAGGGUAGAAUGAUUUUCCGUACACUGGCAGGCAUGUUGAUAUUUGUUUGUUCUAGCUUCUGGUGCUACGGUGUAAGAAUCAAACAGUUAGUAUGUGCCUGCUGCCUGAGCCUGGGUGCUCAGUGCUGACUGCCUGGCCUACAUAGGUAGGAUGCCCUAUAUAUAAGUUGGAGAGCACGCUACGGCUGAAGAUUGGGAUACAUUACUGUCAGAUGCCAAUUGGCUGCCAUCUGUACAUGAGUCAGUGGAGUGUGCAGUCAGCGGUGUCGCCAGCGUGUGACUAAUCUGUGUGCCAUCUCCAUGCCCACACUCACCAGCCGGGGAGGAGAGUGAGUGAGAGGAGAGCAUGAGAGAGAGCAGCAGAUGAAGGAGAAAAUGUUCUUGUGACUUGGCUUUAACCUGAGAGCAAGAUGGCGGUGGGUACUGGGUGGAGGGGGUUUGGCAGGGAGGAGGAGGUAGUGGGGGAUGAGGGGGGGAUGGCGGGUGUGGUGCGGUUUAGUAUUAAUUUUUCCAUCCGCUCACCAGUUGUGCUGUGAAUAAAAAAAAAAAAAAAAUGCUGUGCAGAAAUAUUCCACAGUCAAGGUGUGCAGGCUGCGAGGACACUGCAGCUCAGCUAUCACACAGCCCAGGGCAGCGGCACCGAGGCAGGAUUUACUGCAGCCGGGUGCAUGAACAUGUGUGCACACUGAAGCUCGCCUUCAGGUGGGGUAGAGGGAGGGGUGGUGAUUGAAUCUGUCUGUGUGAACAUGUAGGUGUUUUUUUUGUGCUUAUAUUUGCAGUUUUUCUCUGAGUGUGUGUGUGUGUAUGUGUGUGUGAAUGCUUAUGGGGUUUUUAAGCAGCAGAGCAGACUGUUUUUCUUUUGGAUGGGGAGGUUGGACUAGAGGUAGGUGCUCCGAACAGUGUAGCCGCCAAAAUACGAAGCGCCGCAGUCCCAGUUAAUGAUGUGUGAGAGGAGAGGAGAUAAGGACGGCCAUUCCUCAGCACGCAGACACUGAGCUGACGUUUAAUGCACAUGUGCGUACAAACACAUGCACAGACUGACGGGUCCGGGUUUAUCUCCAGUCAAACGGUCAGACUGCCGGUGAAUGUUUAUUCACCAGCGGACGGACCUAUCAUCUGCUGCCACAAACUAUCGCCAUCCACUGAUAUACACUGCUGGGAUAAAAGGCAGCCCAGCUUGAAGACACAGGGAAGACUCCAAUAGCUUUUGCGUGUCGUUAACCUUAAAGUUAACAGCCUAAACAGCUGCUCAUGCUUUAGUGGUCCUGUGUUUUAACUCAGCAUGCAGCCCUCAGUGGCCCUCUGUGAAACACAUCCAGAUCAAAUAUUUUUGUUUCGCGUCAGUGCGCAUCCGUUCACCUAAACCAGCCAAGGGAGUCAUUACCGAAUUACCACAAACCAUAUCUCAUUUUCAUUCAUUCUCGUGACCACUUAAUAUUAUUCAAAUUUGGGGGAGAAUAAAAAAUUAAGCGGGGGGGGGAAUAUCAGAGAAAUGUAAAUAUAUGGAUAGAGCCCAAUUUAAGAUGUAAUUCCACCUGAAAACUGCUCAUAAUAAAAAAAAAUUUAAGAUUAGAUUUUUGUAAUGGAGGAUGUUUGUAAAUAGCUGUCUUUUUAAAAGUGUGUUUUGUAUGAAUCCUUGCAUUUUUGUCUCUGUUUGCAAUAUGUUUUUAUUUUAUUUUCUUUUAGAGAUAAACUGAAUAUUGCAGCAGACACACACGCUGUCUCUUUUCGCAGUGUCCAGUAUUGUCAAAAGAAUAAGUCUUUGUUACCACAUGUGUUAAAACAAAAAGAAAGAAAAAACACCACCAACAACAACUGGGGUUCAGAGUUUUUAUGUUGCCAUUCAACAGGAUUUUCAUUGCUCAGAAACUGUUCAGGACUGAAGUCAGUGAGCAGCUUUGAAAUGGAUAAGUCAUGAUAAUGAUAAGGCCCCUUCCCUGUUGGAGACAGCACUUAACUCUGCAUAUGAAGACUGUGUUAUUCCACUGCCUUUGAGGUAUCUACACCUUCCACUCCAUUAUGAGACGUAACAAAAAUAUUUUUGGUCCUCAGUGAUUAAUCCUUUCUCCUUUUUAAUAAGUCAGAUGGAGAGAGACGGAGACAGUGAGGGAGAGAGAAAUGGAGAGUAAAAAAGAAAAAGGGGCCACGUAUGAGAGUGUGACCGUGCUGCACCCGCUAAUAAAUCAUCCGGUUUACACCACUCAUUAUCUCCCAGGCGGUCCUUUGUUUUAAAGUUGCUCUCUCUGCCUCUCUUUCCCUCCCUCCGCCCUUCUCCUUUGUCAUCUCUCUUUCCUAAUUUAGCACAAGGAUGUUGGUCGCUCACGGUAUGAGUCUCACUGUAGGUUGAUUUCUGCUAUUGUUCAAAGCCACAGUAUUAUUUUUCAAUGUGCAUGUGUAAGCAAAACCUGUUGACUUUGUUUCCCUUUGUUUGAAUCAUAACUGUCAAGUUUUGUUAUUUUCUUUCGUUUCUUUUCUUUUUUUUUUGUUUUUGUUUUGCCAUUCACUUUUUUUGCCGCUUCUCAGCGUAACAUAUUGGCACCAGCUACAAUGGAAAUAACGUUCCACCAGUUUGGAAACAUCUGCAUUAUUGAUGAAUAAAAUUUUUCCCAUGGAA